GCCCUAAUCACAUGUUAGUACCGAUUUACGCAGGAAAGAAUUUUUCGCAGCAAUUGCACAAAAUUUUCAAUCGUCGGCUAGUUAUCAAUAUAAAUUGUAAAAACGGAAUUUAGGAACCGUUUCCCGUAUGGAUUUCGAUAGUCCGGAUGUGGAGAAAGAUUUCCCAGGGUUGUAUGCCUCAGAAGGCAGCAGCAAAGUUACUGAAACUGAAGCGGAGAAAGUAAGUAAAAAAGAGCUCUUGAUUGGACGCAGAAAAGAUAAAAAGGACAAAAAAAGCGCAUAUGCAACAUUAGAGGGCGAAAGUUCUCCAGAAGAGGAAUUGGAAACAAAAAGUCCUUCAAAAUCCAAAAAAUCGAAAGCUUUCAAAUUUCCUUCCAAAAGCAAAGAAAAAAGAGAAAAGUCUCGUGACAAGGAAAAACUGGAGGUGAAUAAAGUAGACGAUUUGAAACCGUCAGUCGAAAAAGAAAAAGACAAAGAAAAAAAGAAAGACAAAGAUAAGAAAGAUAAGGAUAAGAAGGAUAAAUCUAAAGACAAAAACAAAAAAUUAAAACAAGCCAGUGUGAGUGAAGAAGUUUUGGAACUGGGAGAUGCACAGCCCAUUUUUGGAGUAUCGCUAGGACUGGCUGUCGAACGAAGCAGAUGUCAUGAUACCGUAAAUCUUCCUCUAGUGGUACGUGAUUGUAUUGAUUAUCUACAAGAGCACGGAUUACAGAGUGACCAAAUCUAUAAAGUCGAAGCUGUCAAAACAAAACUACAACAGUUGAAAAAAUCAUAUAAUAAUCGAGAAGGUAGUUGCAUCAAAGAAUUUGAUAUUCCAACGGCAUGUGGAUUGUUGAAAUCAUUUCUUCGUGAAUUACCUGAGCCGAUUCUAACUACGGAUCUAUCAACGCGAUUUGAAGAAGCAGCUUCGCAUUCUCAGGUAUCCCAGCAAGAACAAGAGCUGGUCAGUUUGGUUGAGCAGCUACCUAGUUGUCAUAGGACGUUAUUGGCAUGGAUAAUCCUUCAUUUGGAUGCCGUAACACAGAACGAGAUACACACUAAGAUGAAUGCGCAGAACAUAGCUAUGUUACUCAGUCCUAUAUUGCAAAUGUCGCACAGGUUAUUUGUUGCAAUUCUCUGUCAUUGCAACAACCUAUUUGGUGAUACGAAGCUUAUAAAGUAUGUACCUCCAAUUACCGCAUCAAGCCCCAAUCUUCCAGAAACUCCGGAGGAAAUUUCUGUUGAAUUGAAGAAACAAGAGAGUUUACUAGCACAAAUACACACAGAGAUGAAUGCUGGAUUCGUGACAAAAAAACGCGAGGAACAGCUGUGGGAAGUCCAACGUAUUAUUACACAACUAAAGCGUAAACUAAGGUCCUUCGAGAAAAAAUCAGAUUGCCCACAUAAAGGUUUGGAUGAUACUGUAGACGGGGAUAUCUCGAUCGAUUUGAAUAAGGCGAAACUGUCUUGUUCCGAUGACGAAUCUUCUAUAAAAACAGUUACGGGAGUAUCUACUGAAUCAGCCACGAACACCGAUGCAAAAAAUACUCCUCAAGAAACACCAGAAGAUGUAGGUCUAGUUGAGCAGAAAUUAAAUACAGUUGAAUCUCCUGUUCAAGUUAUGAUUCAGGAUCGGUUGGAUACUCGUAGCUCUGGUAGUUCAGAACAAGCGAAUAUAAGUGACCAAGUUACUGUUUCUGACAACGGAUUUAUGUUACUCCCAGAAAACCACCCCGACUACUUAAUGUUGAUUAGGUUGCAACUUGAAAAUCAAGAGCUAUUGAAUUGGAAGGCUCAACUUCAGGCACGUAUCAACGCAGAGCGGGCCGAAAUUGUCCGUAUGAAGCGUUUGUUGAUUUCAGAUAAUGGUAUCGCUAAUGAUCCGAGUAGUUUGGACUGUAUUGUUAGUGAUAACGAGGACUAUGAAAGAUUGGUUGCACAUUAUGCGAAAGAAAAUGCACUCCUGGAACAGAAACGACAGAUACUUGCGAAAGAAAUUUUUGAAGAAAACAAGGCCUUAAUUCAAAUGCAGGUUGAACUAGCGCUAAACCGUUAUAAAAUUUAAGAAAGCUGCAAUUAUCUGUAAUCUCUCUACAUAUUAUGUAUGCAGUUUGCAUAAUAGUGUAUUUGUGUAUAAUAAAUGUGUUAUCGUUGGAAGAUAUAUAA